UACGGCUAUACAUUAUUACUUGUCAUCAAUUCUGUUCUGUCUUGCACUACUAUAUAGCUAGAUUGAGUGAAGCCCUGGUUAACAAGACCAAGAAAUUUCAACCAACUUCAUCUUUAAUUUGAUGGAUCCAUCCCCCCAUGUCAUGAUCCAAAUUACACCAAACUCCUAACUCUACUUCAAAAUCACCGACUUCCAAUCCAGCUACUUAUAGCUUUAGACAAAUCCCAACCAAACCCACCUGAAAAACAGUACUCAACAGCAAACUAUCUUGUACAUAUUUAUGUUCCAAGGUCCCAACCCAAUUUAUUAUAACAAACACAAUUAGUAUUGAAUACUGAGUACUUGUUAAUAACAUGUCUGCCGCAGUGGCCGCAGCAGCCGCUUCCGCCGCAAUCUCCGGCUACCACAACUCCUCUGGCGCCGACACCAGGAACCACCACCCGUUUACGCAACCAGAACACGGGCAACAAGUCUCCGUCCCUCUUAGCAGGUACGAGUCUCAAAAGAGGCGUGACUGGAACACGUUCGGGCAGUAUCUGAAGAACCACCGUCCACCGUUAACACUGUCCCGGUGCAGCGGCGCGCACGUGCUGGAAUUCCUGCGGUACUUGGACCAGUUUGGGAAGACGAAGGUGCACAGCGACACGUGUGCGUACUUUGGGAACUCUCAGCCUCCGGGGCCAUGCCCGUGUCCGUUGAAGCAAGCAUGGGGAAGCCUUGAUGCACUGAUUGGGCGGCUGCGUGCGGCGUUUGAAGAAAACGGAGGAAACCCUGAGAUGAACCCUUUCGGUGCACGCGCCGUCAGGCUUUACCUCCGUGAAGUUCGGGAUGUGCAAGCCAAGGCUAGAGGUAUUGCUUAUGAGAAGAAGAAACGUAGAAAGAAUAGUAAUCACAGCCAGAAUCAGAAUCAGAAUCAGAAUGGGUCGAUGAUGAUGAUGAUGGAAGAUAACAACAACAACACUAAUAAUAACCAUGGUCAUUAUGUUCAUGAUGAUGUGAGUUCUAGUGGGGUGCAUCAUUCAUCAGGGUAUCAUAUUAAUGGUGAUGAUGGAGUUUUUCAUCACUUGUCAAGUUCGGAUGGGACAGCUCCUCCUCUUUCAUAUUUCUUAUCCUAGUUCAUUAGUUUUAGUGUGUGAGUUUGAACUUUGAAUGUUUGAUUAUUAAUGGAGAGAUUCAUGACUCAACAAAAACAUAUUGUAAUAAUCCAUGGUGAUAUGUAUCAUUUGUCAAGAAUUUAUCAAAUAUAACUAUUGUGCA